AUGGUGUUCGGACUUUCUCCAUGUGAUAGGCCUAUGCGGGAGUCGACAAUGGUGUUGGGUGUGAAGGUUGUCGAGAGAGCGAAUACUGCUUUGCCAGGAUCUCCUCAGACUCAAAGUAUUGCUAAAAUAACGAUAGAAAGCAUCAAUUUGAAAGUGCCACAUCUCACACCCAACGAUGACAUAAAGUUGCAGUUGUUGACACGUAUCAAAGCAGAUGAGUCUAUGAUGAUACCGUUUCGCCGAUGGGAAUUGCACGAGCUACCAGCACUCACACAAGGAUCUACCAUAGAAAUCUGGUCCGUCAAGACAUGUUCUGCAUUGGACAGUCCAAGAUAUGUUAUAGUAUUUUUCCAAACGAAAAAAGCCGAUAAUUUGCAUGAAGACGUCACCUUGUUCGAUAAUGCCAACAUCAAAUCCAUACGAUUGGCUCUGAAUAGCGACUAUUAUCCGCAAGAACGAAUGCUAUUGGACUUUUCCCGAGACCAAUAUGCUGACGCUCACUUCAACUAUACAGAGUUCAACAAGAGCUACCAUAACUGUCAAGAAAAGCGCUCUCUAGUAAACUUUGCCGAAUUCAAAUCCCGACCAAUGUUUGUUAUCGAUUGCUCGAGGCGCCAUCUGGGUCUAAAGUCGUCCACAGUUGACAUAAAUUCAACCUUCAAGUUCAACCUUCAAGUAAAACCUUCAAGUUCAACCUUCAAAUUCAACCUCCAAGUUCAAACUCCAAGUUCAACCUUCAAGCUCAAACUGCGAGUUAAACCUUCAAGUUCCACCUUCAAGUCAAACCCCCAAGUACAACCUUCAAGUUCAACCUUCAAGUUCAACUCCAAGUUCAAAUUACAAGUUCAACCUUCAAGUUCGACCUUCAAGUUCAAACUCCGAGUUCAACCUCCAAGUUCGAACUUCAAGUAG